UCUUUAAACAACUCUCGUCCGCUGCCUGUGCGCAACUAUCCAAGCGGGCUCGCUCACUCACUCGCCUUUCCCUGCUGUCAUUCCGCUCUUCGAGUCAUGGCUACCCAUUCAACCGAAGAGCCGUUCCCCUUCCACGGGCUGCUUCCCAAAAAAGAGACAGGCGCCGCGUCCUAUCUCAGCCGCUUUCCCGAGUACGAUGGCCUCGGAGUUCUCAUCGCCAUCAUGGACACCGGGGUUGAUCCAGGGGCACCCGGCAUGCAGGUGACAACAGAUGGGAAGCCAAAGAUUGUUGAUAUCAUUGACACGACAGGCAGUGGUGACGUGAACACGGCCACGGUGGUGGAGCCGAAAGAAGGGACGAUCCCCGGGCUCUCUGGGAGAACGCUGAAGAUCCCUCCUGCUUGGGUCAACCCAUCAGGGAAGUAUCACAUUGGAGUUAAAAAUGGCUAUGAGUUCUUCCCUAAGGCCCUUAAAGAAAGAAUACAGAAAGAGAGAAAGGAGAAGAUGUGGGACCCCGCACACCGAGCAGCGCUCGCCGACGCCUGUCGCAGGACGGAGGAGUUUGACCUCUCCCACCCGACUCCGUCACAAUUAGAGAAGUUACAGAAGGAAGAGCUGCAGAGUCAAUCGGAGCUGCUUGUCUCUCUAGAAAAGAAAUACAGCGAUCCGGGCCCCGUGUACGACUGUGUUCUUUGGCACGAUGGCACCACGUGGAGGGCUGUCGUGGACACGUCCGAGUGUGGAGAAUUGUCCAAGUGCACCGUUCUGCGCUCCUACAGAGAGUCCCAUCAGUAUGCGACAUUAGGCGAUGCCGAGAUGCUUAACUACUCUGUGAAUAUUUACGAUGAGGGAAACACGCUCUGCAUCGUCACCAGCGGAGGGGCUCACGGGACACACGUCGCGAGCAUCGCAGCGGGUUACUUCCCGGAAGAACCCGAGCGCAACGGGGUUGCCCCCGGUGCCCAAAUCUUGGCGCUGAAGAUAGGAGACACUCGGCUCAGCACCAUGGAAACGGGCACGGGACUUAUCCGAGCUAUGAUUGAAGUGAUUAACUACAAGUGUGACUUGGUCAACUACAGCUACGGGGAAGCCACCCACUGGCCCAAUUCCGGGAGAAUUUGUGAGGUUAUGACCGAGGCUGUCCAGAAGCACAACGUGAUUUUCGUUUCAAGCGCAGGGAACAACGGGCCCUGCCUCUCCACGGUGGGCUGCCCCGGAGGGACCACCAGCGGCGUCAUCGGUGUCGGAGCCUACGUGACCCCUGACAUGAUGGUGGCCGAGUAUUCCCUGAGGGAGAAGCUGCCUCCCAACCAGUACACCUGGUCCUCCAGGGGCCCCAGUACAGACGGUGCGCUCGGGGUCAGCAUAAGCGCCCCCGGCGGCGCCAUCGCGUCCGUACCCAACUGGACCCUUCGCGGGACCCAGCUGAUGAACGGCACAUCCAUGUCAUCCCCCAACGCCUGCGGAGGGAUCGCGCUGGUCCUCUCCGGAUUAAAGCAGCAAGGGGUGCAGCCCUCCGUUCCCGGAGUCAGGAGAGCGCUGGAGAACACAGCUGUCAAGGUUGAAGACAUUGAGGUGUUUGCACAGGGCCAUGGAAUCAUUCAGGUGGACAAGGCGUUAGACUACCUCACACAAAACGCCUCGUUACCCACCAGCCGUUUGGGUUUCUCGGUCACCGUGGGAACCCAGCGAGGCAUCUACCUCAGGGACCCGGCGCAGCUUCUGUCCCCCUCGGACCACGGAGUGGGAAUCGAACCCGUAUUUCCCGAAAACACAGAAAACACCGAGCGGAUAUCCUUACAGCUCCACUUGGCCCUCACGUGCGCCGCCCCGUGGGUUCAGUGCCCGUCUCAUCUGGAGCUGAUGAACCAGUGUCGCCACGUCAACGUCCGCGUGGAUCCCGUGGGCCUGAGGGAGGGCGUGCACUACGCCGAGGUGUGCGGCUAUGACACGGCAGCGCCUGGCUGCGGCCCGCUCUUCAGAGUCCCCAUCACGGUUAUUAUUCCAACCAAGGUGGCAGAGAGCGAGAAUCACGAGUUGUGUUUCAAAGCCGUCCACUUCAGACCAGGACAGAUCAAACGCCAUUUCAUCACCGUGCCUCAGGGAGCCUCCUGGGCAGAGAUCACGCUGACUUCUCAUUCCGGAGACGUGUCGUCAAAGUUCGUCCUGCACGCCGUGCACCUGGUCAAACAGAAAGCCUACCGAGCCAACGAGUUCUACAAGUUCUCGUCGCUUUUGGAGAAAGGCUCGCUCACCGAAGCCUUUUCCGUGCUGUCCGGCAAGAUUGUCGAACUUUGCAUCGCACGCUGGUGGGCGAGUUUGGGAGACGUGACGGUGGACUACACCAUCUCCUUCCACGGUCUCAGCAUUUCUCCUUCACCGCUGCACAUUCAUGCGUCAGAGGGAGUCACAAGUUUCGAUGUGUCGUCGCCGUUGAAGUACGAGGAAGUGUCUCCUGCGAUCACCCUCAAGUCUUGGGUUCAGCCUCUCAGGCCCAUUAGUUCAAAAAUCAAGCCUUUGGGGGCGAGGGACGUUCUACCCAACAACAGACAACUCUACGAGAUUAUUCUCGCUUACAGUUUUCACCAGCCAAAGAGCGGCGAGGUCACACCCAGCUGCCCGUUGCUGUGCGAGCUGCUGUACGAGUCCGAGUUUGAUAGCCAGCUGUGGAUGCUGUACGAUCAGAACAAGAGACUGCUGGGUUCAGGGGAUGCCUACCCGCAUCAGUAUUCCCUCAAGCUGGAAAAGGGCGACUACACCGUCCGCCUGCAGGUCCGCCACGAGUUGUCCAGCGAGCUGGAGCGCCUAAAAGACCUACCCUUCGUCGUCUCCCAUCGGCUGUCCGCCACCCUCAGCCCGGACGUCUACGAGACGCACCGAGCGGCCCUCCUGGCUAAGAAGAAAGCAAACUCGGUCACCCUGUCACCGGGGGCCACGCAGCAUUUCUAUGUGGCGGCUUUGCCCGACGACAAGAUUCCAAAGGGAACAAGUCCAGGAUGCUAUCUUACAGGCUCCCUCGUCGUGGCAAAGAGUGAAUAUGGCAAGAAAGCAGACCUGGUUUCAGUCAUCUACCACCUCAUCCCGACACCCAACAAAGCAAAGAACGGCGGGAAGGAGAAAGACAAGGAUGCGGACAAAGAGAAAGACGUCAAGGAGGAGUUCGCCGAAGCCAUGAGAGACUUGAAGAUUCAGUGGAUGACAAAGUUGGACUCCAGCUCGCUUUACGAUGAGCUGAAGGAAAAGUACUCCGAUUACCUUCCUCUGCACGUGCAACGACUCCAUCAGUUGGACUCUGAAAAGGAGCGUGCAAAACGCCUCGGGGAGGUGGUCGCAGCCGCUGACGUGGUCAUCUCCCACAUUGACCAGACGGCCUUGGCCGUUUACUUCACCAUGAAGACGGACCCCCGACCCGACGCCGCCACCAUCAAGACGUAUGUUGAGACGCACUCGGGAAAAAAACAGCAGACGUCGAAACGCUCCUCUCUCCGUUUCAGCGACAUGGAGAAGCAGCGGUCGUCUCUGCUGGACGCCUGGUGCAGGAAAGGCUGCGCUCUGGCCGACCAGCUCAUGGCCGUCCCGCCUCCGGAGAGCGCCGCCGCCACCGUCGCUACGGGCCAAACCGACGCCGGGGAAGUUUGCGAACAGGAGGCCAGCACUUCCCGUGACGCGACGCAAAGCAUGGCCGACACUCUGACGGAAACCUUCUGGGAGGUGCAGAAGUGGGCGGAGCUUACUGACUCCAAGGUGCUGCUGUUUUCCUACAAACACGCCCUGGCGACCAAGAUGUACGGUCGAGCCUUAAAAUAUGCCUCCAAGAUGGUGGAGGAGAAGCCCAGCAAGGAGAACAUGAAGAACUGCAUCCAACUGAUGCGUCACCUCAAAUGGAUGCACUGUACCACCUUCACCGAAAACUGGCUCCCCGUCAUGUACCCUGCAGACUACAAUCCCUUCUAAAAGCAUAAAGAGCGUGGCCACAUCAGUACGACGCUCUCAGGAUGUGGGCAGACUACCUUUUUCCUUUUUCACUUCAUCAUCUUGGACAGUGAAGGACACUGACGCUCACGGUCAUUUCAAAAGGUCACAUUGAGAACAUCUGUCUUUGGAAUGCCAAAUGCCACCAGCAGCACAACAACAAAGAAUUAGAUGAAUGCAGCUUUGUUUCUUCCUCCAAAUCUCUUCAGACCAAGUCGAUACAGCACUUGGAUCAUUUUCCCGUUCUCCUUAGGUCACGGUCACGUUUUUUUGCUCAGUUUUGAAAUGUCUCUCCUUCAAUAUUCACGGGACACCAGGAAAUGGUCCCACAUCUUCGUGCCAUGCUUUACCUGGACGUUAAGUUCACCAUUGGACUUUUUAGGAUCUGACUUCUCUUAAAUGAACAGACCUCAGAGCUGAAGCAGUAUUACGGUGCCUUGCAUCCACGUACCUUUACUGACGCGAGGGGGAAAGAUGUGCUCGGGUCGGAUCUUCAGUCCGCACUCAAGGCACUCCCAUGUCAAGCGGGCCACAGCGGCUCAAGAUAACCGCCGCACGUUCGCCCAACGGACCUCAGCCCAGCCGCGGCUUCACCCGGCGCACGUUCACUCGUUAGUCGAUAUGUUUUGUGCGCCAUUUAAAAAGGUGCACACGGAUGGAAAGGAUGUACAUACAUGCAUAGCGAAACAUAGUACCAUGCAAUAAGUGUAUACCGUAAUACUAAUAUUCCAAUCAAUAUAUUUUGCAUAUAUGCACGUCUUGUCGGAUUUCGGGAAAUUGGAUUUGGAAGCGAAUUAUAAAUUCAAAGCAUUCACGUGCGCGUGGAAGUGAAUGAGUUGAAUAUACGGCCAACUUGUUUCUUUCCCGUGAGCUGAAUCGAAAGAUAAAAGUGCGAGUAGGUUACGUCAAUGGUGUCGGGUUUGUUUUGCAUGUUUUUGAUACUUGACCUCACACUUGGCCAUUUUGCAUCUGAUGCAGUUGUUUGACCUUUGGAUGUAUUUUCUCCUCAAUUUGCCAUCCCGGGGGAGGGCGUAGAGAACGUAGACAUGGUUUCUUUGAUUUAUGCAUUCCAGCCGUGGAUUUGCAUCACUAUUGUCAACAAGCCAAGGUUGGUCUGAAAAUGUCAAACUAGGAAGGAUGUUUGUUUGGCCAGUAAUAUUGUUUUAUAGAUCAGCAAUAGAUUGCUGCUGUCUGUUUUUUUCUAUAUCAAUCAUAAUUUAAAACAAUGAAAAUGAUCAAAUGGCUUGUGGAACUGGACUUGGAUUUGGAAGAACAUAUCGCUCCAUUUGUAAUUACAAAAUGACUUUUGGGGGGGGGAGGGCACUUAGUUAUUACAUUUUUGUUUUUAGCUGUCUCAUUUUUAGGUCAGGUGCCCCUAUUGACAGUCGUCAUGGAAACCUGCAGGGGUUAUUCCUUUUACCCCAUCUCUGUGUUUGCGUGGUUUUGGGGUCAGAUAAAAAGUUCAGGUUUGCCAUUGAUAGUUUCUGAGAAAAGGCCUUAACUUCCACCACUACUGAAUGCCGUCCACUUCUGUCACCAAACAGAAUCCUCACGUGUUUCCUUUUCUGCUGGUGUCAGCAUAUUAAAAAGCAACAACACCAAAAAA